GGGUAUGACACGUGUUGUAUCUUGCUUUAUCUCAUUCGACUACAGACCAUAUGCCAUGCCUUUUGAUCCUCUCGCCGGGCCACCCAUCUUUCCGUUCUCCUCAACUCUGAUUCUGAACCUCUUCCUCGCCCCUCUUCGUCUCUUCCUCAAAGCUUGCAUUUUGAGCCGACCGACAAGCUCGUUUUCUCAAAGCCUCUAAAAAAGGCUCACGAUAAAUCUGUGUCCCUAUCGAACUCGCGGCCUUCCUCCUCCUCUUCCUUUUUGCCAACCUCAACCGAUUUCCCAGUAAUGCGUUCAUCACCGUUACUAUAUAAUCCAACACACAGGCUUACACCACCUACCUCUAUAUUGACGCCGAUGUCCAAGGCUGAAAUGGAAAUGUACAAAUCCUACGUGGGCAAAGGCACUGCCCGUUUGACCAAACGAAAGCGGCCCAGGGACGAUUCAGAUACUGCUGACGAACCGCCCGUGAAAAAAUACACCGGGAGGUCAGGCGUUGUCGUGGAACAUUAUAAUUCCCGUCCAGAAGUCGGUGUAAUACAGAGACUGGAUUCGCCUAUCAUCGGCCUCAAAAACUUCAACAAUUGGGUAAAAUCAGUUCUUAUAUCAAAGUUUGCACAUCCUGCACUGGCUGCAUCCAGUGUACGAACACAAAAAAAUAAAGGCAAAGUUCUGGACCUUGGAUGUGGAAAGGGUGGUGAUAUAACAAAAUGGAGUAAAGCUAAGAUUAGCGACUAUGUAGGUGCAGAUAUCGCCGCUAUCUCAGUCGAACAGGCUCAAGAACGGUGGGAGACCAAUCGCAACGCCAGCCGUUUCCAAGCGUCGUUUGCCACUUAUGAUUUCUGUACUCAAAACCUUGAGGACGUUUUUAACCCUGAUAUUCUGGCAAAACCUUUCGACGUCGUGUCGUCGCAAUUUUGCAUCCACUAUGCUUUUGAGAAAGAGGAAACUGUACGAAGGAUGUUCCGUAAUGUCAGUCGCUGGCUGAGACCCGGCGGUACGUUUAUUGGAACAAUACCCAACGCCGAGCAACUACUUGAGCGUUUACGAGAACUUCCGCCCGAGAGCCAGGAUCUUUCAUUCGGGAACGCUGUUUAUAAAGUUCGUUUCGAAUCACGCGAGCAUUCUGGCUUUUUUGGCCACAAAUAUUGGUUCUUUCUUCAAGAUGCAGUGCAAGAUGUGCCCGAGUUUCUGGUUCAUUGGGACAACUUCGUGUCCAUGGCUGCAGAAUACGAUCUGCAACUAUUGUAUAAGGAGGAAUUUCAUGACGUUUUUUCCGAGCAUCAGGAUCAUCCCGAAUUCGGGCCUCUCAUGGUGCGUAUGAGAGUAAUGGAUGUCAACGGAGAGAGUUCGAUGGACGAGGACCAAUGGGAAGCAGCUAACAUUUACAUUGCCUUUGCCUUCACAAAACGUUAGUAUCCUGGAUAAUGUAUGAUAUAUAAAAUCAAUUCUAAUUAGACCCCGAGUCAUGUAGUAAGUAAUGAUAAUUCGGCCCAUUGGUAACACAAGCCGUUACCGGUAACACAAGCCGUUACCGGUAACA